AUGGCGGACGAUGAACACCGCGUUAAGCGGUCUCGCUUUGACCAGACUGAGCCUGAACCACGACGAUCCCGAUUUGACCGGCGCUCUCGAUCUCCAUCCAACCGCCAGUCGGAGUCGGCCCGCACUCGUAGUCCGCUGAGUCGCCCGUUGAGUCGCAGCCCUGGCGCAGAUACUCCAGCAAAGCCAUCUGCCUCGGAUCCAGCCGCCGCCGCAGCGGCCGCAGCAGCCAAAAUCAAUGCGCAACUCCAGGCCAAGAAGGGCAUUCAGCAUGUUGAUGUCCCUCCGAUCCGCUCUGCCGACAAUGCGACAGAGAAAUCCCAGUCCCCCUCCAACGCCGAUAACGCGACCAAGUUGAAUACCGAAAUCUAUGUUGCAGAUGGAGACUACAUCAAAGACAUUGAAAUCAAUGAUCUGCGCAAUCGCUAUACCCUGACCAAGGGUUCUACUCAGAAGAUGAUUCAAGAUGAAACUGGCGCCGAUGUGACGACCCGUGGCAAUUAUUAUCCCGACAAGAACAUGGCGACCGCUGCUAGCCCUCCCCUUUAUCUGCAUGUGACCAGCACCAACAAGGAAGGUCUGGAAAAAGCAGUCGCUAUGAUUAAUGAUCUGAUGCAGAAAGAACUCCCGAAUCUGGUCGAUGAGCGACGAUUCCGCCGCCGCGAGCCUGAGCAACAGGUUGAGCGGGAUGAGUAUGGUCGUCGUAAAUGGCCGGACGAGCGCAUCCCUAUUGACCUUGAACCGAUCCCUGGUUUCAAUCUGCGCGCUCAGGUCGUUGGCCAGGGUGGUGCUUAUGUGAAGCACAUUCAGCAACAAACUCGCUGCCGUGUUCAGAUCAAGGGCCGUGGCUCUGGCUUCAUUGAAUCGAGCACUGGUCGCGAGAGUGACGAAGCAAUGUUCCUCCAUGUGGCUGGGCCUGAUGCUGAAGACGUCCAACGGGCCAAGGAGCUUUGCGAGGACCUUCUCAACAAUGUCAAGGAACAAUACCAGCGAUUCAAAGAGAACCCACCUCAACACAACUACGGUGGAUACGGUAACCGCGGCGGUGACCGUGGUGAUCGCUACCACGGAGGAGGUGGUGGUGGUGGUGGAUAUGGCGGCGGCUACAACAACCGCCAGCAGAAUACUAAUCCCUCUGCUAGCCCUGCAGGCCAGGCUGCCACUGCGUCCCCAACUGCUGCUGCCACUCCUUCUGCUGCUGCUGACUACAGCGCCCAGUACGCCCAGUACUACGGCAGCGACCCAUAUGCUGCCUACGGCGGAUACCAGAACUACGUCGCAUACUACCAGUACUACCAGCAAAUGGCUGCCGCUCAGCAGCAGCCAGAUGGCACUGCUCCGCCUCCUCCCCCAGCCAGCGAGGCCCCUCCUCCACCCCCUGGCUCAGGAUCCCCGCCACCCCCUCCCCCAGGUGGUGGUGGCUACAGCGCUGUCCCUCCCCCUCCUGGUCUCUAA